AUGGAAGUUAAAGAAUACAAUAGAGCCUUCAAAAGCUUAAAUUUUAGAAACCAAUUUACAGAUGAUAUUAACGAAACAUCUACUCCAGUGGGGCUUAAGGGACCCAAAGUUAAACCAUAUGACGACACUGAAGAUCCUAAUGAUCAUGUUUCGAACUUCCAAGGGGCUAUCAAGAUGACCCCCAUGGAUCCUAACUAUGGAGUCUCUACUUUGCGAGAACAAGAGCGAUGUCUUGAGCAGAGAAAUGUGUCCUCCGAUCUCAUAAUACCUUUUCGGGAGUAUUCUAUCGAAUACAAAAAACGCGAAGGUUUGAUCAUAGAAGAAGAAGAGGAGUUGGAGACAGGUUCGUCCCAUAUAAAUAAGAGACGUUUGAAGUACACCCUCAAAGGAAUUUGGGAAAAGGAAAUGGUGGAAACAACCAAAAAGAUACCCUCGGGAUCCUACCUAAUAUUGCGAUUUCAUAAAAAGUUAGGCCACACCACUGUCAACUGUGAAAGCCUAAAAAGAGAAAAUGAUAAGGAAAAAGAAUUAAAGCGAAAAGAAAUCCCAGUAAAAAAGAAAUAUGAAGUGGUCUAUAAUGAAGAAGUGAUGAUGAGCAGAGGAGAAUGCAGUAGAAUGUCGAUAAAGAAGAGGAAAUGGACUAGUAUUGAACUCACAAACAGUAACACAAUACCAUCGAACCAUCAAGGGACCGAACCUCUCAUCAUCUAA